AUGAAUUAUGGGUAUAAAUUUGAAACGGUCUUAGACACAUUGACGUCGAAUAGUGAAAUACACUUAAUAAGGUCCUUAGAAACUGGGGAAGCCUUUAUUUCAAAAGUAUAUGACAUUUAUGGAGCUAGUAAAAAUGACUUAAAUAGAUACAUGAAUGAAUUGCACAUAAUGCAAAAGUUGGAAAAUUGUGAAAAUGUAGUCCAGGUUGUGGACUUUAUUAAGCAGAAUGAUUCUCUCUCACUUAUAACUGAAUUUUGUACUCAAGGUGACUUAUACACGCAUAUUUUAAGAAGAAAGAUGAAGAAUGAAAUGUACACUGAGAGUGAAAUUUUUAACAUUUUUAAUCAAAUAUUAAAUGGAUUAAAUUCAAUUCAUAAAAAUGGAAUAACCCAUGGUGAUUUAAAAAGCACAAAUAUUUUUAUUAAGGGUGAUAAGGUUAAAAUAGGAGAUUUUGGAAUAUCACAAAAAGGGUCAAAUAAUAACCUAGGGACAUUGAAUUUUUUAAGUUAUGAAUCUAUUUUAUUUAAGAAAACAAAUAAAUUGAGUGAUUUAUUUCAAGUAGGUUGUAUUUUAUACGAAUUAGCCACUUUUUCAUCUCCCUUUUCUGCCAAAUCUAUGGGCGAUAUGAUUUCCUUCUUUGAAGAUAAAAAUUAUAAAAACUAUAUUGUUAAGGAUAUAUCAAAUAUUUACUCAGAUAAGCUAGUGAACAUUAUUUCAAAGCUCUUAUCCUUGAACACUUCAGAGCGAUUGGAAGUGGUCACCAACUACAGUCUUACUAGAACAGAGAGUAUAAAUUUAGAACUUUCAAAUAGUGCUCAAUAUGCUCUUGUGUAA